AAAUCAUGUCGCCUUCCGAAGUCAGAUAGAAAUGAUUUUUAUAACUUUCCCAACAGCCUGAGUUCUGUGUGUCAGUACUCCCCAGCUCAAUCGUGGCCUGAAGACAAGCAGAGCGCGGCGGCUGCCUUCGCCCAGCUCCAGGGCGCCAUGGAGACGCUGGGCAUUUUGGAGAGCGAGCGGAGGGCCAUUUGGCGGGUGUUGGCAGCCAUCUACCACCUGGGUGCGGCGGGGGCCUGCAGAGUGGGCCGGAAGCAGUUCAUGCACUUCGAGCCGGCCAGCCACGCGGCAGAGGCCCUGGGCUGCGAGUACGACGAGCUGAACACGGCCACCUUCAAGCACCACCUGCGGCAGAUCAUCGAGCGCGUGACCUCUGGGCCGAGCCGCCGGGGCCCGGAGGACGAGGAGGCCAGCUCAGGGCUCAAGAUGACAGGAGUGGAGUGUGUGGAGGGCAUGGCCUCGGGCCUGUACCAAGAGGUCUUUGCCGCCGCGGUGUCGCUCAUCAACAGAUCCUUCUCCUCCCACCACCUCUCCGUGGCCUCCAUCAUGGUGGUGGACUCUCCAGGCUUUCAGAACCCCCGGCACCAGGGCAAAGACCGGGCCGCCACCUUUGAGGAGCUGUGCCACAAUUACGCUCACGAGCGCUUGCAGCUGCUUUUCUACCAGCGGACCUUUGUCUCAACGCUGGAGCGAUUCCGGGAGGAAGACGUUCCUGUGCAGUUUGACCUCCCGGAGCCGUCCCUGGGGACCACGGUGGCUGCUGUGGAUCAGAGUCCUUCGCAGGUCCGCUUGCCAGCCGGAGGAGGUGCCGAGGACGCCAGGGGCCUCUUCUGGGUCCUGGAUGAGGAGGUCCGGGUGGAGGGCUCCGGGGACGGCGUGGUGCUGGAGCGCCUCUGUGCCGCCUUUGAGAAGAAAGGCGCUGAGGCUGAAGGGACCUCUGCCCUCCGGACCUGUGAGCAGCCCCUGCAGUGCGAGAUCGCCCACCAGCUGGGACACGACCCCGUGCGCUAUGACCUCACGGGCUGGCUCCACAGGGCCAAGCCUAAUCUUUCGGCCCUGGACGCCCCCCAGGUCCUGCAGCAGUCGAAGAGGGAGGAGCUGAGGGGCCUGUUCCAGUCCCGGGCCAAGCUGUCCCCUGUGUGCCGGGCCGUGGCCGGCCUGGAGGGCACCUCCCAGCAGGCCCAGCAGAGGAACUGCACGGUGAGGAGGACGUUUGCCAGCAGCUUGGCCGCGGUGAAGAGGAAGGCCCCGUGCUCCCAGAUCAAGUUGCAGAUGGAUGCAUUGAUCAGUGUGAUCAGACGGUCUCAGUUACACUUCAUCCACUGCCUGGUACCGAGCCCAGUGGUGGAGAGCAGAGGCGGGCAGGGGUCUCUGACUCCACCGCAGCCUGGUAGAGACAAGCCCGGGGCAGGCGGGUCCCUGCCCUUGGACAUCCCGGCCCUGAGGGUGCAGCUCGCAGGGUCCUACAUCGUGGAGGCGCUGCGCCUGCACAGGGCAGGCUACGCUGACCACAUGGGGCUCACUCAGUUCCGCCGAAGGUUUCAGGUGCUGGACCCUCUGCUCAUGAAGAAGCUCAUGUCGGCCCCCGAGAGAGUGGAUGAGAAGAAGGCUGUGGCAGAGCUCCUGCAGACCCUGGAUCUGGAGAAGAAGACAGUGGCCGUGGGGCACAGCCAGGUCUUCCUCAAGGCGGGCGUGGUCUCCAGGCUGGAGAAGCAGCGGGAGAAGCUGGUGUCUCACAGCAUCAUCUUGUUCCAGGCGGCUUGCAAGGGCUUUCUGUCUCGCCAGGAAUUCAAGAAGCUGAAGAUUCACCGGCUGGCUGCCCAGUGCAUCCAGAAGAAUGUGGCUGUGUUCCUGGCGGUCAAGGACUGGCCGUGGUGGCAGCUCCUGGGUUCCCUUCGGCCCCUGCUGAGUGCCACCGUCGGGGAGGAGCAGCUCCGCGCCAAGGAGGCGGAGCUUACAGCGCUGAGACAGAAGCUAGAAAAGUCAGAGAGGUCUCGGAAUGAUCUCCGGCAGAACACAGACCUUCUGGAGAGCAAGAUUGCUGAGCUGACCACAGAGCUGGCCGAGGAGCGCUUCAAAGGGGACGUGGCCUGCCAGGUGCUGGAGAGUGAGCGGGCAGAGCGGCUGCGGGCCUCCCGGGAAGUUCAGGAGCUAAAGAGCAAGUAUGAGCAAGUCCAGAAGAAUUUGGGAGAGGUGGAGAAGCAGUUGGAAGAAGCCCAGGAGAAAAUUCGCUUGAAUGAUUUGGAAAGGAGUUACACUGGAGGAGCGGACGAGUGGCAGAUGCGCUUCGACUGUGCUCAGAUGGAGAACGAGUUCCUCAGGAAGCGUCUCCAGCAGUCCGAGGAGAGGCUGGACUCGGAGCUGGCUUCUAGGAACGAGCUGGAGCAGAAGCUUGGGGAGCUGCAGAGUGCUUAUGAGGGGGCCAGGAGGAUGACCCAGCAGCUGAAGAGGAAGUGCCACCAUCUGACCUGCGACCUGCAGGACGCCCACUUCCUGCUGGAGAACCAGCAGAGCCGAAACCACGAGCUAGAGAAGAAGCAGAAGAAGUUUGACACGCAGCUGGCCCAGGCCCUGGGAGAGUCCGUGUUUGAGAAGGGCCUCCGCGAGAAAGCGGCCCAGGAGAACACCAGCGUCCGGUGCGAGCUGGGCAAGCUUCAGCAGCACCUGAAGCAAAAGGAGCAAGAAACCUUGCAGCUGAAGCAGGAGGUGGAGAUGCUGCAGGCCCAGAAGCAGGAGCUGCUGGGGUCACCCUCUCUCGGGGAGAAUUGCAUUGCGGGCUUGAAGGAGAGGCUCUGGAAGCUGGAAUCCAGCGCCCUCGAGCAAGAGAAAAUCCACAACCAGCAGGAAAACACCAUCAAGCAGCUGGAGCAGGUAGGAAGGUCCUGUCCAGGGCGAUGCCCUCUGCAGCAGAGUGAAGCCAAGUGUGAGGACGCCUUGAAGACCCAGAAGGCGCUGACAGCCGACCUGGAGAGCAUGCACAGCGAGCUGGAGAGCAUGACCCGCAGCAAGAGCCUGAGGGGAGGGUCGUCUGUAAAGUACUCUUCUGCCUGGGAGGGGCCAGGCUGGGCUGGAGGGGAGGGACGUUCCAGGAGACACUGUCACAAGGCCUCUCUCCCUUUCCCCUCCCCCUCCUGCCUGGUCCAGCUGCAGCAGAGUGAAGCCAAGUGUGAGGACGCCUUGAAGACCCAGAAGGCGCUGACAGCCGACCUGGAGAGCAUGCACAGCGAGCUGGAGAGCAUGACCCGCAGCAAGAGCCUGGUGGACGAGCAGCUGUACCGGCUGCAGUUUGAGAGGGCGGACCUCCUGAAGCGCAUCGAUGAGGACCAGGACGACCUGAAUGACCUCAUGCAGAAGCACAAGGACCUCAUUGCUCAGUCUGCUGCCGACAUUGGGCAGAUCCAGGAACUGCAGCUGCAGCUAGAGGAAGCCAAGAAGGAGAAGCACAAGCUUCAAGAACAACUGCAGGUGGCCCAGAUGCGCAUUGAGUACCUGGAGCAGUCCACCGUGGGCCGAGCCAUCGUCAGCAGGCAGGAGGCGGUCAUCUGUGACCUGGAGAACAAGACGGAGUUCCAGAAAGUGCAGAUCAAGAGAUUUGAGGUCCUGGUGAUCCGGCUUCGGGACAGCCUGAUGAAGAUGGGUGAGGAGCUCUCGCAGGCAGCCACGGCCGAGUCCCAGCAGAGGGAGAGCAGCCAGUAUUACCAGCGGCGCCUGGAGGAGCUGAAGGUGGACAUGGAAGAGCUGGUGCAGCGGGAGGCCGAGGCCAGCCGGCGGUGCAUGGAGCUGGAGAAGUACGUGGAGGAGCUCGCCGCAGUGAGACAGACCCUCCAGACAGACCUGGAGACGUCCAUCCGGCGGAUCGCCGACCUGCAGGCAGCCUUGGAAGAGGUGGUGUCCAGCGACAGCGACACGGAGAGUGUCCAGACAGCAGUGGAUUGUAGCGGCAGUGGCAGAAAAGAGACAGAUAAUGUCUCCAUCCUCAGCUCCCAGCCAGAGGGCAGUCUGCAGUCCUUGUUGAGUUGUACCCUGUCCCUGGCCACAGACACGGUGAGGACCCCCUCUCGACAGUCAGCCAUCAGCAGCUGUAUCCUCAGCCCCAGGAUCCAGGAGGAGGCCGGCGACGGGGCCCGGGACGCCCACGGCAGGACCUCGGGGGACAAGGCCUCGUCCCCGCUCUCCCUCCGCCGAGGAAAGCACGGCCACUUCGGGGACGGCGAAGAGUGUGGCAUCCAGAGAAAGCCCCCGGAGAGGUCGGGCGCGCCGUCCUCCUCCCCGUCUUCCCGGAGUGGAGACGCGUCCCCGCGGCCCGGGGACAAGCUGCCCAGCCCGUCGGCCGCCCUGUCGGAGUUCGUGGAAGGGCUCCGGAGGAAGAGAGCGCAGAGGGGCCGGGGGUCGCCGCUGGGCCUGGAGGACUGGCCCACCCUCCCCAUCUACCAGACCACCGGGGCGUCCACGCUGCGGAGGGCCAGGACCGGCAGCGAUGAGGGCGCUCUGGCUCUGAGGGCCGCGGCCGAGUCACCCCUGGAUGCGUCGGCCGGGCUCCUGCGGUCCACCAGCCUGAAGUGCAUCUCCUCGAAGAGCGUGGGGGGCCCCAGCCCGCCGCCCGAGAAGCUGAAGACCCGCUUCAGUUCCUGCGAGUCCCUCCUGGAAUCGGGGCCCGGCUCGCAGAGGACCCCGAGCUCCCCGACGGCGCUUAGGCGCUCGUUCCCGUCGCCCACACUGCGCCCGCGGAGGCGCUGUCUGGAGUCCUCGCUGGAAGAUGCGGGCUGUCCGGACCUCGGGAAGGAGCCGCUCGUCUUCCAGAACCGCCAGUUUGCACACCUGAUGGGGGACCCCCUGGGCAGCGACCCAUUCAGCUGGAAGGUCCCGAGCCUCAACUAUGAACGCAAGACCCAAGUGGGUUUCGAUGACUUCCUCCCGGCCAUCCGGAAGCCCGAGACGCCUGCGUCCUUGGCCCGAGCGGCCAAAGAUGGGCAAGACCGUUCACAGCGUUCGAGCGUCCACUUUGAGACGGAAGAGGCCGGCGGGGGCUUUCUCUCAGGGAUCACCACCGUUUUGAAAAAGAGCCCGGAGUCCAAGGAGGACCCCGCUCACCUCUCCGACUCAUCCUCCUCCUCCAGCUCCAUCGUGUCCUUCAAAAGCGCUGACAGCAUCAAGAGUCGGCCGAGAAUCCCACGGCUGGAGGGUGACGGUGGUGAGAGAACAUCCCCCGAGAUCAAAGAGCCGGGGACAGGGAGGAAAGAGGAGGAUGUUGAGAGCAUCAUGAAGAAAUACCUACAGAAGUAGGAACCAGCUCAG